AUGAAAUCCUCAGAGCCAGCGCCAGUGACCCCGACCGGGUUCAGAAAUUCCAUUUGGUUCAUCAUUUUCUAUCUUUUCAUCAUCCAAGCGCUAGGUUCUGCCAUAAUUUCAGGCGGCAUCGAGUUCGCUAUUGCAUAUGCCAUGUACCAUUCCCGUGUAGAUCUGAUCACCCUAUGGGCAUUUCCUCACACCAUCUCGGGCGAUUGUGCGCUAAGUUUAUUUAUCCAAGUUGGCCUUACAUGGGCUAGCGAGGAAAUUUUAGUUGGAUUCGACGACUACAAGAGACCAGUUUUCAGAUUGAAUAAAUGGAUUACGAAGCCAUCGCCGCUGAAAAUCGAGCCUAACGAAGAAAUACCACCCCCUAAAAAGCGCUUCAUUGUAGAUUACUUCGAAUCCAAGGACAACGUUCUUGCGAAGCAGAACACUCUUUAUAACAAUCAUAAUUGGCUCUUUGGCUAUUUAGAAAUCAAUAGAGGAAUCAUUUCCAAGGGUAAGGAAGCUACGUUGAAAGGUUUUCUCACGUCUCAGUUCAUUCAUGAUCCCUCCCAAUCAAAAUUCAUGAACUUUAUAGAAUGGUUUGUGCAGAAGUUCAUCAGAUCCAUGAUCCUGGCGAUUGUCAUGUUCAUCGUCAUUUGGCCCGUUACUAUGGGUAUACUUGCUGGUAUAGGUCAUAAAGUCGGGUCCCACGACUACUACUUCAACGACUAUCCACUACCGCAGGUCAUGAAGUUGAUUUAUGCCGUUGUAAUUGCAUUCGUAUGCACCCCAGUGACCAUCGUCGUCAUUGUGUUGAGGAACCAAUUUUAUGAAGAACUUUACUAUGAAGGCUUAGCAAACGGUACGCUACAACAGGACCAAGAAGUUUGUUCCGCGGGUAAUCGCAGCUCGGGAUCAACUGAUCAAGAUAUUAGCACUACCAAGCAACAAUCUGCAGAAGCGAUAGCGUGA